CCAUGCUCUCGCCUCGUUAGAAUAUGCAGAUUCCUAAUGGAAAACCCACCAAUGGCUCAGCAGCCCAUGCCGAUGCUGGGCUUUGGCACUCCUACGUCGAAUUACUCACCGCAUCUAGAGGAGUAUCGGUACAUGAGCGUGCAGAUGGCCCAACCACAAGGCCAAAAUCCCCCAUACCAGGACCAUGUAAAGGUCGAGCCACAAUGAGCACGUAUUAGCUUGGGUAGCAAUGUUUGCCGGAAGUGAGUCUAAUCUCCGCACCU